GCUUGUGCGCUUGAUCCAGAUGCGCCUUUAUAUGUCUUGUUAAAGAGAAUUUCCCAAAUUUAAACCGAGAUCAGUACUUUUUUAUAGAUGACUAAAUGGUCGAAUAGGGCUAAUUUAUCUCAGAUUUUAAGUUUUAACAAAUCUAAACGCUUUGUCAACAACUGUUAAUUCGCUUAGGAAAGUUUUAUCCCUCGUUUACAGUUCUAUUUGUAGAAGCAUAUGAGAUGACAGGCGUGAGAAUGUUUCCAUCCCUGCUGCUGAUGCUGUUUCUGCUGGUGCUGAUGCAGUCCGGCGCGCUUUGCGCACGGAGGUUCCGGGGCGGCCGCAACUCGCAGCCGCGCCGCUCGCCGCCUCCUCCCACGCACCGGGCAGACCGGGGCGACACCACGGAGAGCUUUCCUCUGGACUUCACCGCAGUGGAGGAGAACAUGGAUAAUUUCAUGACGCAGGUGAAGAACCUGGCGCAGUCCCUGUAUCCCUGCUCGGCACAGAAGCUUGAUCAUGACAUGAAGCUGAAUCUUCUGGUGAACACUUCUGUCACCUGCAACGAUGGGAGUCCUGCCGGGUACUAUCUGAAAGAGUCCCGAGGCAGUAGACGCUGGCUGAUAUUCCUUGAAGGUGGCUGGUACUGCUUCAAUAAGGAGAACUGUGAUGGCCGAUACGAGACCAUGAGGCGGUUUAUGAGUUCUUCUAAGUGGGCCCAAACUAAAAGAGGCACGGGGAUCCUGUCUCCACUGCCAGAGGAAAACCCUCACUGGUGGAAUGCAAACAUGGUGUUCAUUCCCUAUUGCUCCAGUGAUGUGUGGAGUGGUGCUACAGCCAAGACAGAGCAGAAUGGAUAUGCCUUCAUGGGCUCCCUUAUUAUCCAAGAGGUAGUCAAGAAUCUUCUGACCAAAGGUCUAGACAAUGCCAGAGUCCUUCUUUUAGCAGGAAGCAGUGCUGGUGGUACUGGAGUUCUGCUGAAUGUGGAUCGUGUAGCUGAGCUCCUUGAGGGGAUGGGGUAUGCUGGGAUACAGGUGCGAGGGCUGUCUGACUCAGGCUGGUUCUUAGACAACAAGCAGUAUCACUGCACAGAUUGUGUGGAUACCAUGAGCUGCACACCCACAGAGACUAUCAAGAGAGGAAUCAAGUAUUGGGGAAGUGUGGUACCCGAGAGGUGCAGACAAAGCCAUGAAGGAGAGGAGUGGAAUUGUUUCUUUGGAUACAGAGUCUUCCCUUCAAUAAAAAGUCCUGUGUUUGUGGUCCAGUGGCUGUUUGAUGAGGCCCAGUUGACAGUUGACAACAUUCAGCUAACAGGGCAGCCUGUGCAAGAAGGCCAGUGGCGCUACAUCCAGAAUCUAGGCAUUGAGCUGAGAAACACUCUAAAAGAUGUCCCGGCUAUGUUUGCUCCAGCAUGCCUAUCUCAUGAAGUUAUCACCAGAAGCUACUGGAUCGAUGUGCAGGUCAAAGGGACUUCUCUUCCCCGAGCCCUGCACUGCUGGGACCGCAGCCUUCAUGACAGCAGGAACAACAAGGCGCCACCCAAAGCCUGCCCUGUGCAUCUGAUUGACAAUUGCCCCUGGCCUCACUGCAACCCCACCUGUCCAACCAUCAGGGACCAAUUCACUGGGCAGGAGAUGACCGUGGUGCAGUUCCUGAUGCACAUGGGCUUUGACGUCCAGAAGAUGGCCCAGCAGCAGGGCAUGGACCCAAGCAAAUUACUAGGCAUGCUCAGCAGCGGCAGCUAAAGGGGCACAUACUUCUAUUGUAAGCUAGAACCAAGCAGGACUGGAGGGUCUCUCCAGCUUGUCUCCUAUAACUUAUACCUCUGCUCAUUAUCCCCACUUUGAAUCCAAUACCUCCUAUCAUCCUAAAUGCUUCACUUUGAUCCUGAAGUCAGGUUUAACACACCAGGCCCACCACCUUGACCAGGCACCACUUUCUGCUACCAUAAACAAUAUUUUUUUUCUGAGUAAAAGCACCAACAACAAAUAUUUUGAAUGUAAUUCACUUUUCAUGAUGCAAACUGUCAUUUGAUAUUUAAUUUUGUGAUCCUUUUGUAAAGAAUAAGUUUAGUCAACACAAUAAUAAUACAAAAAUACUAUUUGAUAUGUUAGUUAGUCAGUAGAGCCUAUAACAAAAACUGUAUCCAUCACCUUUUGUCUUUUAGGGGUUUAUUUACUAUAGAUGUCGAGUUUGUAAUAGAAAAACAUUUGAGCUUGUGUUUUUAGCAGAAACAGGGUAAAAUGAUAGAAAAGCACACAGUUAAGAAAGCUCUAAAACAACAAACAAAAAAACAAGCACUUGUUGCCUUUAUUUAGUAUUGAAGGUACAUGAAUAAAAAGAAGUCAGACAUUUAUGUUACAAUAAUUAUGAAAAUGAGCAGACAAAGCUGUAAGUACGUAUGGGCUGCUUCAAGAUUUUUAAAAUAUAAGAUUGAGUAAAAAUGUCACAUUCAAAGAAAGACAAUAGAUCAUGACAGAAAAGCAACAAUACUUAAAACUGCUGCUAAAAUGACCAAAAAUACUCAUUAUUACAGUUUUCAGUACAUUGACCUGUGCAAAAAUAUAAAAAUAACUACUCAGUAAAUUUACUAGCAGAUUUCAAGUGCUAUAAUAUUAACAUAUAAUCUACUCGAAUUAGAUAUAUUACAAAUAACAACACUAGUGUUGACCGAUAUAAAUUGAAGGACCUGUGUAAAAUACUGAGUGUGGUCCAUCAGGUGUUUAUUGCAUAAAAUUAAGUUUAUUUUUAUAAUUAUUUUCUCUUUAAAGAAAAAUAAAAGCAUGAUUACCUGAAAAACGAAUGACUUGUGAAUUAGUUGCGAUUCGUUCAGGUUGUUAGUGAUCAGACAAAAGCUUUAUAGUUAUACUGCUCUUCACUUGCCAACUGUAUUUU